AUGAAUAAUAAUAAAAAAAUAAAAUGCAAAAAAAUGUGUUGUGUAGUGGAUUGUCAUAAUACCUAUCAAACAGGACAUAAAUUGUUCAGCUUUCCAAAUAGAAGCUAUGAAAGAGAAUUAAAAGCAAAAUGGAUAAAUAGUAUUAAACGAAUCAAUGUUGAUGGAUCACCAUGGCAACCAAAAAUGCAUGAUGUUGUGUGCAGUGCUCAUUUCGUUGGAAACAUUCCAUCUAAAAAUCCCAACAGCCCUGCCUAUAUUCCAACAUUAUUUCCUAACACAUAUAAAAAGAUAUCAAUUAAUGAAAUGCAGCAAAAUGAUAGACACAAUCGCUACAGAGCUAAACAAAGAAAAUGCAAUACUGCCACACCAUUUACUAUGACAAUAAAUGACUCAAAUUUAGAAAUUAAUGAAAAUGUGGUAUCAACUAAUUGUAGCCAUGAUAUUGGAACUCAAGUAGCUUUUGAUGUUUCUGACGUCCAAUGUUUUUCAUUUGAAUGCACUUUUGAAAGGGGUAAUAAUUCAGUUAGUACAUUUGUUGCAAGUAUUUCUAACAAAAUGCUUACUAAUUCAAAAAAAAUAUUAGUUGAUAAAUCAUGUGGCCCUAUUUCUGACAAUUUAAUUUCAUGUCUUGAUUGUCAGAAAUUCCAUGGAUAUGAAUCAAUUAAGCACGAGUCUUCCCUAAAAGAUUUAACUGGAACAUCUUUUAAAGUAUUUAAUCUUCUUUUAUCAAUGAUGCCUGAAUCUUCUAGUAAUAGUAAUUUAAAUUGUAAUAAUAAACUACUAAUUUUUCUUAUAAAAUUAAAGCUGGGUAUAACUUUUUCAGCACUAAGUGUGCUUUUUAAUGUUCAUCGUACCACAAUCAGUAGAAUAUUUUUUGAUACACUCACAAUUUUAGUAAGUAAAACCAGUGCAUUUAUAUUUUGGCCAAAUAAAAAAACAAUCCAAGAAACUCUACCUGAAGUAUUUAAAAUUAAUUUUCCUGAGUGUCGCUGUAUUAUUGAUUGCACAGAAUUUAAAGUUGAGCAACCACCAUCAGUGGAACAAAGAGUUUAUAUGUAUUCUAGAUACAAAUCAUGCUAUACUAUAAAAAUACUUGUUGGAAUUACACCAAAUGGUUGUAUAUGUUUCCUUUCAAAGAGUUAUGGAGGAAGAAGCAGUGACUCUUAUAUCACUAAUGAUAGUGGAUUUCUUAAGAAUUUAGAACUUGGAGACAUUGUUUUGGCUGACAAAGGGUUUCCAGGUAUUAAAACAUUAUGUGAUGACCAAAAGUCUAUAUUGGUAAUGCCACCUAUCUUGCACAAUGGGAGAUUUACUGAGGAAGAAAUAAUUAAUACUUAUUCAGUUGCUAGUGUUCGUAUACAUAUAGAACGUUUGUUUGCUAGAUUAAAAACUUAUAAAAUAUUAAAUAAUAUAAAAAUUGAUUUUCUACCUCAUAUUGAUGAUAUUAUUAAAAUGUGUUGUGUUUUAACAAACUUACAAUCCCCAAUUAUUAAGCAAUAA